UUAUGUAAUUAUUUUACAGCUCUUCGAAAAAUUGUUCGAGAUCAGACUAAGAUGGUGCAAAGACCCUUUCAUGAUAAUAAUGCAGACUUCAUAAUUAGUAACAAAUCACAGCAGAAUCCCCAGAAAAUGAUAUAUCCCAGGUUUACGCAAGUUAAAUCAGUCGUACACAAAAUGGAAAGACCUAAAAUAUCCACAAUUUUGUCUUCAAUAGACACGGCAAAGAGCAGGUCAAUGUUUUCUAGAAUGAAUAUCGCUAAAAACGAAAAAAUGAACCCUUACGAUCUGAGGAUGGCAAGAGAUGCCAUCACUAACGUUAUCCGUUACAGCGAAGAUAACUUUAUAUUCCCUGAUAGUGAAGCGGUCGGCGUUAGAAACCUGAGCUAUAAUAAUGUAAAACUCUACAAUGUUUUAAAUGAUUCAAAUUUCUUCUCAUCUCUUGACGAACUAAAGCAACACAACACGCCGUCGUCUGAAAAAAGUCCUAUUUUUUUUCCAGACGACGUAGCAACAAAUAUUGAUAAUCAUAAAUUCGUAAAGGGUAUUUUGAAAUACAAUACUGACUCUAGUACGAAAGACAUAAUUGAUAUAAGACUCAAUAACACGCGGUUAUCUAAGACAACCGAAUCAAACUUUGAUCCAAAUUUAGAAAAGGUUGAUUUUCUCAUUGAAGAGACUCCUAUGGUAAUUGAAUCGGGCUUUAACAUUUACAAUAAAUCGGGGCCGCCCUAUUUAUGUACAGAUCUAUAUGAAGCUAAAGCUGAUAUCGAUGGGAAAGAGAAGUACUCACACAUGGAUAUUGAGGCCCCGUGGAUGGUAAAGAAACAGUUUUGGAGUCAAGUUUAUGACAGUCGCUAUGAAUCACUCAUGAGAAACCCCAAAUGGCCUUCAUUAAGAGUUAUUUUAAUACCAAGGUCUCAGGUUCAUACAAUUUGGAAGCGAUCCUUCGAAAGUUUACAUAAUGAUACAGUGCAUCGCAUCAUAUCAAACGUGGUCAAAAAACUUCAAUUUUAUCCAAAUUUAACCUUUUCUUGGAAUGAAGUUUCUCAUUUGAGUGAAUGGUGGAAAGGUGCCCGACCGAAAAGUCGAGCGGUAUUCCGUCGAUUAAUCAAAGAAGGACGACUCGAAAUCACAACUGGGACGUGGGUUGAAGCCGACGAAUCUACAUCACAUAUAUUUGGUACCAUACAUCAACUUAUGGAAGGUCACCAGUGGCUGCAACAUAAUUUAAAUUAUUCACCAGACGCUGCAUGGUUGACGAAUAGUGUGACCCACAGUUCUACUUUACCUUAUCUCUUAUCUGCAACGGGAAUAUCUAAUUUAGUAUUCACGAAUUUACAUUACUCAUGGCAGCAAUUCCUUACUGAAUAUCAAUUUACUGACUUCAUAUGGGUUCAGAAUUGGGAUCACGACAAAACCAAACAGACAAAGCUGAACGAAGCCUUCAAAAAAUUUGGUAAUGAUCGCUAUCCAAAACAUUCUGUUCUCGCACACUAUUUACAAUUCAAUUCAGCUGGUUUUGAAGCUUGCGGGCCCCAAGGUGAAAUAUGUGCCACAGAAUUCAAUUUUGCUAAUAAUAAUAACAACCUGGACAUAAAUACAUUUAACGUUAAAGAAAAAUCUGAAAGAUUACUUGAACAAUAUUCAAAGACUGGUUCUACAUCUUCGCACAACAUGAUUAUUGCACCACUCGGUGGACCAUUCCAUUACGAAUUUCAAACAGAAUUCGAUUAUCAGUACAAUAACUAUGAAAAAAUUGCUAACUUUGUAAACAAUAAUAGGGAUAUUUAUAAGGCUACUAUCGAAUUUGGCACAUCCAAAGAUUAUUUCGAAGCUGUUUCUUCAAGUCAAACACCUAUUCCUACUUUGAAAGGAGAUUUUCUCAAUUUCGCCGAUAUCAAUGAUGGUAGUCCAGCUUAUUGGACAGGGCUCUUUACAUCUAGGCCACAGUUUAAAAUCUUAUUAAGGCGUCUACAAUCAACUUUACGCAGUACAGAAAUCCUUUUUUCGUUUGCUCUUAACUAUGAUGUCUUUAAAACAUACAACGCUUCGAAACAUUUCGAACGUUUACUUAAUGCAAGGGAAGUAGUUGCACGCCUCCAAGACAAUCACGUGGUGUCAGGAACACUCACUACUGGCGCGAAACGAUAUGUUCACUCUCAAAUUUUAAGUACAGCUAAAGAUUGCUGGAAAAUACAAGAAGUAGCGGCAAGUUUGCUCAGUACGAAAGCAAACCAAAAUAAAACAUAUUUAGAAAAAUAUGUUUAUCGAGAAGGAGAAUUCAUAUCUUCUUUCAAAUCAAUUACGCCAGGUGAUCAUAUAUACAUAUUCAAUUCCCUAAAUGGUGAAAGAACUGAAGUAGUGGAACUAAUGACCAGACACCCCAAUAUACGAGUUAUAGACCAUAAUAAAAAAGAUGUAACCAUUCAAAUCAAUCCUAUUUGGAAAUUUAAUUACGAAAACAAAAUCAAAAUAUCAAAACAGUUUUUUAAAAUUACCUUUGUCGUUGUGGUGCCGCCGAUGACUCUUGAAUUGUUUAAAAUUAAAAAGACUUAUGACAACACACAGAGUGCUUCUACUAUAUAUUGCGAAGUAUGUGAAUUUGAUGGCAUAGAAAACUUCUCUUUUGAUGUUCGACCUGUAGAAGUGGGCGAUAUACAAAUCGAAAAUUACAAACAACGACUCGUUUUCGACGAAUACUCAGGUUUCCUAAGAAAUGUAAUCGAUAAAACGACAAAUAAUGAAAAACUUGUCCUCGUCGACUUCGGCGCAUUUCGGAGUUCUAUUAAAAAUUCCGGUAUAUUUUUGUUUAAUACAAAUUACUCAAAACCUUUAGAAGAUAUUCUAUCACCAUUUAGAUUGGACUUCAAAUCAAAGACUAUUAUGAUCAUAUCGGGACAGAUAACUACAGAAUUGGUAUCUAUAUACGGAAUCCUUCUCCAACAUUCGGUUAAAAUAUUCAACCUGAUGACUAGUCCUUUAUCCGACACUAUUAAAUUUGAAACUAAAGUAGAUUACGAGAUUUCACCUAAAAACAGAGAAUUAGAGAUAUUCAUUUCAAUAAAAACAGACAUAGGCAACGGAAAUCCUCCGGAACUCACUAUAGACAAUAACGGCUUCGACUAUAAAUCGCGCAUUAUUAACCUUAGCAGACGUAUCGAAUCCAACAUGUAUCCCAUGACCAAUAUGGUGUUCAUACAAGAUCACAAGAACCGACUGACAGUCGUUACUGACCACGCCCAAGGUGUCACGGCUCUACAAGAGGGCCAGAUAAUUGUGAUGCUUGAUCGACGAAUUCUUUUUGACGACGGCCGAGGUUCAGGAGAAGGCCUCGCUGAUAAUAGUGCUACAUUUCACACUCAUUAUAUUUUACUGGAAAGUAUUGUCGAACCUACAAAUGAGUAUUUUAAAUCUUCCAAUAGAAACAGCGUGAGAUUGCCCAGCUUUUCCGCAAAUUAUUUCGCUAAUAUUCUUAAUUACCUGUUGGAUAUUUUCUUUAUAGAUACGAGCAAGGUCAAUCUUUGUCAUUAUGCGUUCAGGCCUCUGGUAAAAAAUUCAUUCCCUUGUGAUGUAACACUCAUAAAUUACAGAACAAUACUGAUUAGAGGAACUCCAGAAAAAUUUUCUCCAAACACUGCAUUGAUGACACUCCAUAGACAGAGCUUCAGUUGUGUAAUAAAGCACGACAUAUCUGUGCGUUGUAACGGAGAAGAAACGCUUAAGUUAGAUAAAACUUUCCAUAAUGUAAUUGCAGUAUAUCAAACUAAUUUGGUGGGUACGAACGAAGGCACCCCUGUUAAUGUUUUGAAUAAAGAUAACUUGCCCUCUAUGGAAAUUACUACCUUACGAAUAUACUUCGGUAAUUUUAGUAAAUUCUAAUAAUUAU